CAGUUUUAAAUAAGAAGGAAAAUGGACCUCUGCAUUGCUUUGUCACUUUCCUAUCCAGGCCAUCCUUCCCCUGAUCGUUAGCCGAGCUGGAAACCGGACUCCCCAUAUUGCAAAGCGAGGGGGGGCAGCCAAAACAACCCACCAAGAAUCACGCGAUGCCCAGUGUCGCUGCAGCGUGGGUUACAAAACUCGGGCACAGAACAGAAGUCAACUCCUUUCCACCCCAAGUUAUAACAGCAGCGAAGUGGAGGGGGGUUGCACCCCCAAAUCUUCCCUCCCCCGCCCUUUUGCAGGGAGCCACUAAGGGAGCCGUAUCCAAAUGAGCUGCCUCCCGGCAGCCAACCAAAAAGGGGCUUCUGGGCGUGGCCUUCCUCUACUUCCCAGGGAAAGUAUACAUGCUUUGUUUUUUAAAAAAAGGCAGCGGGCGAUGAGCUGGAGCCGGGCCUGAGCUGGUGCAAGGAGCCCCAGAUCAGGACAUCAGCUGGAAGUUACCUCCCUAAGGCAGCACACCUGAGGAAACGUCUUUCCCCUGGCAUGGGCUAUGUCAGACUUUGUAGAGCAUACCCCUUGUGAGAACUUUGAGGCCAAUGUGUUUGCCAAGAGCCGAUGCCAGAAUUGUUUUCGGGCAGUUGGUGCUCACCACCAGCCCAGCAACCAGGUGCCAGAGGAACAUACUGUGGAGGCCCCACACAGUGGUGCCACCAGUGGGCCAGACCCAGGUGGACUUUGGGACCCCCUGUGCAUCUUAGCUCCCCAGUGUGAGUUGUAUGUGUGUGCGGGCUUCGACGAGGGGACUGAGGGCUGGCAGGAGAGCUUGGUGUACACCCAGCUCAGCAGCCGAACCCAGGACAAGCACGGAGAAACCAGCACCAGUACUGAUAUCUGCACCGACACCAGCACCGGUCCCGGAACCAGCGCCACACUCUCUGGGGACUGUGAAAUGACCAGGCUGCUGGACAGCAUUUUGGGAUUGGACAAACAAGACAUGAUGAACUACGCUGGCCAGAGGAAAGAGGUGCAGAUUGGAGCCCUGCAGUCAGACAGACCCAGGUGGGGUCAGACCAUAUCCUGUGGAUCCUGGGGGAGAACAGAGUCCCAGAGCUUCACGAAAGAAAUCUCCCCUCGGAAAGCAGAAUCCAGUCCUGUGAGGCAGAGCGCUGGAGAUGGCUGGGGAAAGCAUCAGAUGGAGAGCGGUUAUUUCUCUCUGGAACGCCGGAAAUCUGACCCCACCUGGGUCUCCUCCCCGCCACGAGCCAGCCACAGCGCUUUGCCCAUGCUCAGUGACCCGAUAAGGACUGGCAGGCGUCUCACUUCCUCCGUCAGCUCAUUGGACUCUGACCUACCUGGGUACACGAGGGGCGGUGGCGAGGAGCGACAUGGCCUGGUGCGGCAGGAAUACACGGUGUUGGCUGAUCUGCCCAAGCCCAAGCGGAUCAGUCACAGGGAGGCAUUUGACCAGGAACGCAGCAGCUCCCGCACUCGGAGCCCAGGCCGGGCAGAGGUGGAGCGGAUCUUUGGAUACGAGCGCAGGAAGUCUGAGACGCUGGAGGCGUUCCAGGCCCUGGAGGAGGGCCUCCUGGACCGGCUAGAUGGCAAGACCCCACUGCUGGCCAAAGAAGGCCGAUUAGGCAGGAGGCAGUCCAGCCCCAGCCUGUACAGAGAGGGGAACAAGAGGCUCCCACAGCAGCUGGAGCAGCCGGACAGAGGCCGAGGAGAAGCCCUGCGCUCAGUGAGCCCGGCUUGCCGAUCAGAGAGAGACUGGAGGAGCCGAGUGGAAUCCAUGUGCCACAUGAGUACAGAUAAGUGCCUGGACAGAGAAAGGGUGCCUCUUCAGCCCUCGAAUCCUGAAAAACACACAGACAGUAACUGGAAAAGCCAGAGGGAUUCCCUGCACCCCACAAACUCCGGGAAGAGCUCAGAUAACAGUUGGAUUGGCCGAGGGGGGCACCUGUGCUUCUUGAGUCCUGGGAAGCACACAGAGAGCAACUGGAAGAGCCCAAGGGAGACCCACCCUGUGAGUCCAGUGACGAGGACUGAGAGAAAGUGGAAAGGUGCAAAAGAGCCCCUGCACCCUAUGAGUGCUGGAAAACACAUGAGUGAACGACAGAGCCUAGAGAAGAAACGCCACCCUGUGAGUCCGGGGAAAUGCACAGAGCAUGAUCAGAAGGGCCACGGCAAAUCACUGCGCCCUGUGAGUCCAGCCGGGAAGCCAGAGAGAGACUGGAGGAGCCAGGCAGAGACCCUGCGUCCCAGGAGUCCAACUAGGCAGCCGGAGAGGGACUGGAGGAGCCAGGCAGAGACCCUGCGUCCUGUGAGUCCAGCCAGGAAGCCGGAGAGGGACUGGAGGAGCCGGGCAGAGACCCUGCCCCCCAGGAGCCCAGCCAGGAAGCCAGAGAGGGACUGGAGGAGCCAGGAAGAGGCUCUGUACUCCAGGAGUCAAACUCAAAGAUCAGAAAACAAGUGGAAGACCCAAGAGGAGUGUUUGUGCCACAUGAAUCCAAUGCAACAGCUAGAAAGGGACUGGAGAAGCCAAGGAGAAGGUCUGUACUCGGUGAGCUCAGGGCACCAACCAGAGACCAUGUGGAAAAGCCCUGUGAGUCCAAGUCAAUGGUCAGAGAGUGACUGGAAGAGCCAUGAGCGGUCCCUAGGCCUAAGCUCAGAGAAGCAAUUGGAGAAUGACAGGGGCAAAGAGGAGACCCUCUUGCAUCAAGUGAGUAGAUCUAUGGAGGAGUGAGAGUCCUGAGGGAACCAGUGGCUGAUGGGAAUCCCUCCCCCAGCAGAUCCAAACCCUGGCAAUCAAUCCUCAGUUUCCACAGAGCUGGAGAAUCCCAUUCUUUGCAGCCCCACCCAGUGAAUAGCACAGAGGUUGGCUUCUCCUCUGGUGUUCAGCUCUGUCCCAUUCCUUGUGAUGCCUCCUGCUGGCCAGGACAGAAAUAGAGCUCUGCCCCUGCAUUUUACCCUUUCCCCUGGUGUCCCCUACUGGCCUGAAUGAAGAGUGCUUUGUCCUCAGCACUCUGGGGAUGAAUUUCUGCAGGAGUAUAUUGGGAGAUGGGCACAUGCUUAUGGAGAGCAUGGGAGAGGGCAGAAUCCUAGGGCUUAGAUCCUGAUUUCUCUCCCUGUAGCCCCAGCUAGAUCGAGGCACACCCCAACCCCUCAACAAUGCCAGCUCCAUGGGAAGCCAAGAUCUUUAUUUGAACACUAACGGGCAA